AACACGAAAGAAACACGACUUUCACGACUACGAUCUACGAUCCAGCUCAACCAUCCAACCAGAGGAUCUCUUAUUACUUCGAUUUCUGAUUGGAGACUUGGAGUUUUUGGACAUUUUGAUUGGUUACUAAAGUAAAGUCAAUCCUUCUUAAGACGACCUGUUUGAAAGUAAGAUAAUUAAUUAAUUUAGUAUUAAUUUUACACUUGAGUUUUAAAGAGCAAAGUGUGAUCGAUCUCUAGACGAUAAACAACUCAGUAUCUCAGUAAUGUCCCUCUUCUUUGUCAACAGCCAACAAGACAAUGACUUGGACGGAGAGGGUGCCUCGGGUUCUGCUUCAGCCGCAGUUGUUCCCCAGAAUGUGUCAGAAGCUCAUACAGCCCUGUUGGCAUUCUGGCCCAAGAUGACAGAGGAAAUCAAGAAAAUAAGUCAAGUUCGGCUAGAUGUGAAAACUCAGGCUCUCCCUCUGGCAAGGAUAAAAAAGAUAAUGAAACUAGAUGAAGAUGUAAAAAUGAUCAGUGCUGAAGCACCGAUGCUGUUUUCUAAAGCGGCUGAACUUUUUAUUCACGAACUUACGCUGAGGGCAUGGAUACACACUGAAGACAACAAGAGACGCACUUUGCAACGAAACGACAUCGCAAUGGCCAUCACAAAGUACGACCAGUUUGAUUUCCUCAUAGACAUUGUUCCCAGGGAUGAAAUAAAAACUACGAGCAGCAGAUCGACAAAUGAAGCAAGAACGCCCAUAAAUCCUGAUCAGGUCCAUUACUAUUUCCACCUAGCUCAACAGCAUCAAGCAGCUCUACAACAAGCAUCUGCAGCUCCUGCGUCGUCUGCACCAGCACCUGCGCCAACCAUACAGGUAGUACAACCUACCUCCGGUCUGCACACAAUCACCGUCUCCAAUCCCAGUGAACAGCAAAACGGAGGUAACACCAACAACUCGGCCAGUCAGCCACACAUGGUGCAACUACAGACUAAUCAAGGACAGACGGGCAUUCAACUCGUACAGCAGGUGGUUACGGCAAAUGGGGAGAUCCAAAAUGUUCCAAUUCAGUUAUCUCCCAGUCAACUGCAGAUGAUCAGAAUGCAGCUGAACGGAGGAACAUCGUCGCCAAUCAUAGUACAAGCUCAUCCUCAGAUAAUUCAGGUCAACCAACAGAACUCAGGAUCAACGCCAGUGUAUCUGUCCCAAGCGACAUCAAACAACAAUCCAUCCGAGGCAGAAUAGAUUUAGCUGUGUGUAAAUAUGUGUGCAUAUUGUAAAAAAAAACUAUUUAUAACUCUCAGUAAUUUUAUCUUAAUAAAUACCCCCAGUUGCAGUAAACCUGCAGACUAGGCCAUUUUCCAUUUGACUCAUUGAAUUUUUACCAAAAUAUUUUUCUAAAUGUUAGAUUUAUUCGCUAUUUAAAUAACAGGUUUAACCCAGCCCUUAGGUUUGCUGCUACAGGAAAAGAAUUAAGGUUGUUUAGCAAAUUUUGAUAGCUUAGAAGGAAACAAAAAAUUGGCUGAAUUUGACAUAUAGGUACAU